GGACAUUUGAACAUGGGGACUUAUGGAGACUGACUCACUUCUGGAGCCAGCCUCAGGUGGACGUUAGAGGAACUGCAGUUUAAGUUUCACUUCAUCUACACAUUUAUAGAACACCACAUAGACAAAAUGCUUACACUGUAAAAACUGCUCUGUCACUUAGAAGUUUAUUAAUCCAACAAAUUAACGAGUCUAUUUUCAAAAUGAAGUGUUGAUAAGAAAACAGUCACACACACACACACACACACACACACACACACACACACACACACACACACACACACACACACAGCCUGGUACAACAGUAAACAAUAAGACAAAAGCUCUCUUGUCCUCUGCAGCCAGUUCAGACCCACAUCGCUGCUGUCCUCAGUCUGACAGUAACACCAGGACCGUGCAGGACUCUGUAGGACCGUGCCGGACUCUGGAAGACCGAGCAGGACUCUGGAAGACCGUGCAGGACUCUGGAAGACCGUGCAGGACUCUGGAAGACUGUGCAGGACUCUGUAGGACUCUCCAGGAAUAUGGACCCUAAGCGUCUGUCGUCGAGCUCUCAGCAGCAGGUUUAUCUCAGGAGGAAGAGGACAAAGAGAGAAUGGAGACCGCUGGAGGACCGGAGCUGCACCGACCUGCCCUGGUUCCUGCUCUUCACCGUCUUCUGCGUCGGCAUGGGCAGCAUCUGUGGCUUUACCGUGGUCACUGGUGGCGCCGCUCGCCUCGUCUUCGGAUAUGACAGCUACGGCAACACGUGUGGUCAACGCAAUGAGUACAUGGAAGGCGUCCGGCUCAGCGGCCUCGACCACACGGACAGGAAGUUUGUCUUCUUCUUGGAUCCGUGUAACAUCGACAUCGUCCAGAGGAAGAUAAAGUCCAUGGCUCUCUGCGUGUCUCUCUGUCCCACCGAGGAGCUGAAGACCUACCAGGACCUGAAGAGGUUCGCCAUGCUCAAUGGUUCUGAGCUGUGUUCGUAUGAGUUAGCGGGUCAUAAAUAUCCCGGUCUACCUGAGAGGUUCUCCAAAUGUCCCAAACUUCCUGUUCCACCCAGUAAGCCACUGCCGGUGUUUAACCGCUGCACGCCGCUGGAUGUUUCCUGUUACGCCAAGUUUGCGGAGGCCGUGGUGACGUUUGUCGGUGAUAACAGCGUUCUACACCGGCUGAUUGCCGGCGUGGCCGCCAGUAAAGAGAUCAUCAUCGGACUGUGUGUCCUCGCUCUGGUCCUGUCUAUGAUCCUCAUGGUGAUCAUCCGUUACAUCUCGGCCGUCCUCGUCUGGAUCCUGACCUCGCUAGUCGUCCUUGGAUCCCUCGCGGGGACCAGCGUCCUCUGGUGGCUCUACAUUGACCACCGGCUGUAUGGAAAUGACACGAGCACUAAAGUGACGAAGGAGGUGAAGGAGGAGGUGGAGGUGACCAGAGACAGUGGACAGGCGCUGCUCGUCUACGCCGCAGCUGCCACCGUCUUCACGAUCAUCCUGCUGCUGCUGAUGCUCUUCAUGAGGAAACGAGUCGCUCUGACCAUCGCUCUGUUCCACGUGGCGGGAAAAGUCUUCAUCCACCUCCCCCUCCUCACCCUUCAGCCUUUCGUCACCUUCCUCGCCCUCCUGCUCUUCUGGAUCUACUGGAUCCUGGUUCUGCUCUUCCUGGGAACCAGCGGAAACCCAGUCCAGAACGAGGAGACAGGGCUGACAGAGUUCAGACUGACGGGUCCUCUGCAGUACCUGACGUGGUACCACGCGGUGGGUCUGGUCUGGAUCACUGAGUUCAUUCUGGCCUGUCAGCAGAUGACUGUGGCUGGAGCUGUGGUCACUUACUACUUUACCAGGGACAAGAACCGACUCCCAGUGACCCCGAUCCUGUCUUCGGUCCUGAGGCUGGUCCGGUAUCACCUGGGCACCGUCGCUAAAGGAUCCUUCAUCAUCACACUAGUCAAAAUUCCCAGACUCAUCCUCAUGUACAUCCACAACCAGCUGAAAGGAAAGGAAAACGCCUGUGCUCGCUGUCUGCUGAAGACCUGCAUCUGCUGCCUGUGGUGUCUGGAGAAGUGCCUCAGCUAUCUCAACCAGAAUGCAUAUGCAGCCACAGCCAUCAACAGCACCAGUUUCUGCACGUCUGCCCGUGACGCCUUCGUGAUUCUGGUGGAAAACGCUCUGCGCGUCGCCACAAUCAACGCCGUGGGAGACUUUGUGCUCUUCCUGGGGAAGAUCCUGAUCGUGACGUCGACGGCGUUUGCUGGCGUCCUCCUCUUGAACUACCAGCGAGAUUAUGCCGAGUGGCUGCUGCCUCUGAUCAUCGUGUGUCUCUUCUCCUUCCUGGUGGCUCACUGCUUCCUGUCCAUCUUUGAGAUCGUGGUGGACGUCCUCUUCCUCUGCUUCGCCAUCGACACCAAGUACAACGACGGCACUCCGGGGAAGGAGUUCUUCAUGGACAAAGCUCUGAUGGAGUUUGUGGAGAGCAGCCGGCGGUUGGAGCGAGCAGUGGAGCGUGGGCGGAGCCGAGUGAAGGAGGUGGUGUCGGAGGGGGCAGAGAUGAAGCCCAUGGCUCCGGGGACGAGUUCAGCUUGACCAAAAUCAGCCAAUGGGACUUCUUUAAAGAGACAUUCCAAAUGUUUAUUUUUACCAACGUGUAACAUGUUUACUAUGGUUUCACUCCAGGGAAAACGAUAUUUUAAUAAGAAACUACGUAACAGAGUAAUGAAGCACUUUAUAUCGCAGCGCUGCAGAUUUUAAACCGGCUGAUGCAUUUUUUCGUAGUGAUGUCGUUUUUUAUAAAACUAAACGUCUCAUUGGCUCCACUCACCUUUUUCGUUACCGUGGAGACGAGCUGCAGAUCACGUGACGCAAACUCCUCACCUGGACUCCAUGUUGGAUCAGGAGCGCUGUGAUGUCAUCAGAGGGGGUGGAGUCUGUGGACAGGUGGAACGGGGGCCACAAAGCUCCACGUCUGAUUGGUGGAUGGGGUCAAAGGUCAGACAGAGAGGCUGACGGGACGCACUGCGAGCAUGUUGACGAUACAUCUGAUCGACUGGAUCAAUCUGAUCGGGUCGGACUCAUCCAGUGGUCUGGUUCUGGUCUGCAGGACAUGAAUGAACACAAACAAAUAUUUAAUUAAUUAAAGUGUCUGACAUCAGAGUUCACAUCCUGUCUGGGGACUCCAGGUUCAAAGGUUCGUGGUCCAAACUGAGUCCAGAACUAUAAUUCAGUUACAUUGUGCCAAUAUGAUGUCUACUGCAAUGUUGUAGUGCUAAAGACCGAUAUCAAGACAGCUUCAUGAUUUAAUCUCAAGUCUCUGGUGAAGACCACGACUGAAGGGUAUCACUGGUUUAUUCAUCAACAUCUUUACUGUGGCUGGAGGCAAAACUUCCUGCUUCAAAUGAAACUUUGACUAAUUUCUAAUUUAAAAUUGUUGUUCCUGUUCACGGCUGUCCUCAGAUUCACUCUGAGGACAGCCUGAGAAGAACCAGCACCACCCCCCGAACCACAAAGUUCAUCCAAGAGUCCAAUAUUGAAAAUACGCCUCACCCUCAAAAGAUCUAUCAGAUACCUACGUCUGCUACAUACUCUCCGGUCUUGGUCUUUUCUUUUCUUGUCGUUUCUUAAACUGAUCCGAUCAGUAAAAACAAUCCACUGAUGACUGUCACUGACAGUCAAUGUCUGCAGUUGACUCCCUUGUUCACGUUGUGAAAUGGCUUCUGAUUGGAUGCCACAGAUGUUACCUAGCAACAGAUUUUCGUUGGUGCAGACAAAGUACAAAUCUUUGAUUUCUAAUUAUUUGAGUUCAUGUUCUGCAGACCGCAUCAGUCCAGACGGGUUUACAGGGUAAACAUGGACCCACGACACACUUCCUGUCUGAGAGGCGUCGUCAUAGAAACUAAGUCUAAAUAGUCAUUGGAACAGGAACCUGAUUGGCCGAAGGCUGAUGAAGGCCUGUUCAACAGUCGACGUUGGCGUGACGUGUCGUCGCAGUGAGACACCAUGGUGGACAGCGAGGUGAGGCUCACACAACCAACGAGGGUCAACACAAAGACUUCCCAUCAGCCUCGGGCUGGACAACACUGAAAGAAAAGCUGAAAAUUCACCUAUUAACGACUCUCUGUCGGUCACAUGACUCUCACCUUGCAGGUCAUGGCGGUCUGUUGGGUGUCCCCACGGAGGUCUUUACAAACAGUCGCCUGCUCUUCUUCGCUGUCUGAGAUCUCCACGACGUGACGUCAAAGUGUCGUUUCUGAUAGAAAUCCAGAGAAGAAGAAGGUUGGAGACGUGUAGGUGGAGCUUCCUGUGGAUGUGGCGGCUGAGUUCAGACAGUCAGCAAUAAAACAAACUGCAUCAUGUGACCAUGACAAUGACAUCGAGUCUUCCUGCUUCUGUUCGUUCAACAUGUUUAAAGUUUGGUGACGAACACGUCAUCUCAGACAGGAAGUGGACUGUCUGAGGUUUAAUGUUCGACAAUGCCAAUGCAAGGCAACUGAUUGGUCAACCUGAGUCGAAAAUCAGUAAGUCGACCUUUGAAUCAAGUUUGUGCGACACUUCCAGAAAGAGGUGAUGCCAUCAGCAACGUCCCAUUAUGACUAAAUACUGACGUGUGACAAAGGCAGGACAUCUUGCUGAGACCUGCUGCUGUUGCCCAUCCUGGUUGCCCAAAAUGUUGCCUUGUUGCUCUGCAGGCUGAAUCCAAAUAUCCAGGCUUUCAGUUCGAAUCCUUGCAGUCACUGGGUAAAACGAGUUACUCAUUUCCACGGAGACGAGUUUAACAAAGUGAUAAUAAAAUAUGACAGCGGCUCGGCUGACGAGCUGCCGGUUCUUCUAAACACAAACUCAGGACCUAGAUCAUGUGACCGUCAGACAGGUGUGAUAUGAGUUCAUUUACCUUUUUUUAUCCAAACACUACAUUACCCAUGAGCCUCGAUGGCGAAUCUGUGUUAACAGACAUGACCCAGUUCAAAUGUGCGAGGAGUCCAGACGUUUGCUUCAGUCCAAUCAGCUGUGAUGGAUCUGCUGACGUGAUGAAGAACUUUGUUCUUUGUGCAGUUUGAAGUUUCGGCUGCAGCUCGUGUUUUCAGGCUGCGACUGUUCCCAUCAUGCACCUCUUCACAUGAAAAGAUGAAGCGCUCAGAGUUUCAGCAGCACAAAGACGACCUGAUCGGUCUUCAGGUUGUCCUGAAACUCUGAACGUGACUCUGAAACCUUCCGCAUGUUUAAAGGACGCGGUGCUCCAAGCAUGUUAACUAAUUGCACUAAAGACGAGUUCAUUCAACACUGAUGACCGUUUGAAGUAGCUGUAAAGUCUCAGAUCAAGUGUUUGUAGCUCAUUAACACACACACACACACACACAAUGUUUAAAUUUAACUUCUGGACGCCGUCACACAGCAAGGCCGUUACACACAUUUAGUUUGGAUCAUGUGACUGCUGUUGCUGGGCGGACUAACCUGCUGACUGCAGGUACUGAAGAGUUUUAUUACAACAUCAGAGAAAAAUGACUGAACUGAUUAUUUAAAGUUGUUCAGUUUUCAGCCUGUUGUCAUGAAACUUUUCGGCUCCUCUGUGGCCUGCUGACCAAUAAUCUGCUUCAUUCAAACAAACAACCAACCAAUCAGCACACAGAGGAGAAGCUCCGCCUGCUGCAGGUUUUGGGUGAACAGGUGAGCUGUGGGGUUAGGGAUGCUCCAAUCAGGAGGUUCAUACCAAUUAUUGAACCAAUGUUGUCAUAAUCACAUGAUCCAACUGGAUCAAUCAGACUCUUUGAUCAGUGAACACAUGAAGUCAUUAAUUAUUAACAUUAUUAUUAUUAUUUAAUCUAAUAUGAAGGAAUUUAAUCUGAAGUAAACAAGUUGUUUUGAACAGAACUUAACGUGUGAGGAAACAUUUUGUAUUCAACCACAGAAGAAGAAACUCUGCUGUUGGCAUAGCGACUAACAGAACUACAGGUGACAGACUGAGCUAACUGCUAACAUACGAUGCUAGCACUCGAGAUUCAAACUAAGUUGUAACACGUCAGAUCAGCAGCUGGAGCGUCCCUAACUGCAUUCACACUAUAUUUUUUAACUUUAAUUAUUGGUUGCCAUGGUUACUAUAUUUUAAAUAACCCUCGUUCAAUCUGACGACUGUUUUAAGGCUUCCUGACCAACAACGUGGAGAAGCUCAUCCAGACCCACUUUGCAUGUCCAUGUUUUCCCGCUCUCUAUCACAGUGUGAAGAAUCAGCUGAUGACGAGUAAAAAUUGAAAACUGAACUCUGACUCUUAACUCGUCUUCACGUGAAUAAAAACUGAAAGUUUAACUUUGACUUUCUUCACACGAGCGAUGGCAUUCAUAGGAAAACCACGUUUAGACUUUAGGUCAGGUGUAACACUAGUGUUUAGGUUUUCUCUGCAGUAAGAAGUUGUUUGUAACAUUGAAAAACUUUUUCUUUGUUCUUGGUUGACUUUUUUAUAUUUAUCAUUUCUUAUGUAUAUUUGU